AGCUACAUGUCCGUGGACAAUUUUCAGCGAGGUGUCUUUUCAUGGCCGAUGAACUUUGGCUGGAAACCAAUCCCUACCGCAGUUAUUCAGGAGAAAAAAAUUACAGAGAUGGACCCAAUAAAGUGUCCAGUUAUGGCUGGAGGAUUGUUUUCCAUUGAUAAGAAAUACUUCUAUGAGCUUGGUACCUAUGACCCAGGACUGGAUGUAUGGGGAGGAGAAAACAUGGAAAUAUCAUUUAAGAUCUGGAUGUGCGGUGGAGAGAUUGAGAUUAUCCCCUGUUCCAGAGUCGGCCAUAUCUUCAGAAAUGACAACCCAUACUCAUUCCCCAAGGACCGGGUAAAAACGGUAGAGAGGAACUUGGCCCGUGUUGCCGAAGUCUGGCUGGAUGAGUACAAGGAGAUUUUUUAUGGUCAUGGAUACCACCUUCUGAAAGAGAUUAACAACAUCGGGGACCUGACCCAGCAAAAAGAACUC